CUCGCUGCCCGCUUUUGGUCUUCCCUCCUUUAAACGACUUUCUCCAUCUGCCGUCCGCUUCAACCUUACCUUAAACCUACGCCCAGCCUCGUCGAAAUCCUUCCUUUGACCAAAACUGCGGCAACAACGGUUUAUUCUGGCUCUGAUUUAAUUCCACUGUCGUCACCCAAAAGGUUAAAAACUCUCACAUCGGAAUACUUGGCCCGCCUGCCAGAUCAGACAAGAAUCUACUCCCAUCGUUUCAAAAACUGUCCAGCUUCCAUUUCGGCAUCGUCGAUCCGCUUCACUAAACCCCCCUUCGAUCGCUCCACCGCCUGAACCCCCCGAGACCACCACCUCCCUCUACACUCUCGACCAGCCAUCACCAGGCCCGCUGCCGAUACUGUUUACGUUCAAAGAGGGACUGCCGCCGCGAUCAAUUCUUUGUCGCUCCAACCUGCGAAUUACUCCCUCAGACAGCCGCUUCGCUUCGACGCUCCCUCCUCAACACCCCCUUACCCCGCCUGUCGUGUCUCGCAGCUGCGAAAACUCAACGUUGGAAUCUCCCGCCGAAUGACGUCGAACCGCUCGUUGAAACGUUCCUGAGUCCAACGCCAAGUGACAUCCCCAGAGAUUUCACAUCCAAGACAGUCCCCACGGCGCUUCCAUACGAACCGAUCUCCCUCGACAUCCUUUACCUCGCUGCAACGCCCCUCUCGCCCUCCCUGCUGUCGGCUUCAUCUCUCUAUCUCAACUCUCUCCCAAGUCGCUCCUCUCGACGGAUGGCGUAGAAGGCUAUGGCCCAUGCCCCGUUGCUACGAAAUAAUACUGCCCCGGUCUUUCAGCCAAACUCCAACGGAUUCAUUGGCUUCUCGCAGAGCAGUAUGAACCAUGCGCCGCGCGCCAGUCAACUCUCGGGCUCGACAGCCUUUGCUGGCUCCUCGGCUUCGUUGAGUUCUCUGUCGACGGCUACCACUGCCACACCACAGAACGGCGGCCCUGUGCUAGCAACAGCGAACAUUAUCAAUCAAAAGGCCGACGCUUCACGAUCGCUUUACCAGAUUUGCAUCUCGCUCAAGCAGCGCUUGGCUCAGGUUCCUGGCUUCGACCCUUAUCUGGAUCAGCUUGACCCUAAUGAUCCUGUUGAUCCUCUAUGGAACCUAUUCCGAACAGGAUACCCCUUACUCCUCAUUUACAAUGCCCUGCGACCUAAUGAAGAGCUCAAGGUCGAGGACCCUAGCGCUAAUGAAGCUAAGAAGUCCAAGAUCGCCAUCUUCAAAUUCGUCCAGGCCUGCAUGAAAGACCUAGAUAUUCCAUCUUCCCAUAGUUUUGUGAUAACUGACUUGAUGGGCAACGAUACCAGCGGCUUUGUAAAGGUGACUCAAGUUGUUAAUUACGUCUUGGAUCGAGCAGAGGAACGUGGCUAUCUCCUUCAACCUUUACCAGAAUCCGGGGAUGGAAACAACGAGCCCACGGGCGGACAGAUGACAUACCGAGACCAUAUCAUCCGUGAACUCGUCGACACCGAGCGAAAAUACGUUCAAGAUCUCGAGAACUUGCACGACUUGAAGAAGACACUCGAACAACAAGGCGAGAUUCCCGGCGAUACUCUUCAUCAGAUCUUCCUCAACAUAAAUGCCAUUCUCGAUUUCCAGCGCCGCUUUUUGAUUCGAGUAGAGACAACAAACUCGAUGUCCGCUGACGCCCAACGAUGGGGGGCUCCCUUCAUUAUGUACGAGGAUGCGUUCGACAUUUACCAGCCUUUUAUCGCCAACCAGCGUAAGGCGGCUAUGGUUGCGAAUCAGGUUUUCGACAAAAUUCAACGCUCCUCCCACCCCGUGGCAGCCGAUUUCAACACCCUGGAUGGUUUCCUGCUGAAGCCCAUGCAGAGACUGGUGAAAUAUCCAUUGUUGCUGAAAGAUUUGAACAAGAAGACGGAGGAUAAUGAGAUCAAGAUGGACUUGACUAGCGGUUGUGAAGCCGCUGAGCGAGUGCUGAAGAAGGCUAACGAAGCCGUUAACCGCGACUUGCUUGAUGAGGCUCUUGAGGACCUUACAAGCCGAGUUGAGGACUGGAAGAGCCACAAGGUGGAGCAAUUUGGCAAGCUUCUCCUGCAUGGCGUGUAUGGUGUGAUCACCGGAAAGACAGAUCAAGAGAAGGAUUACGAAAUCUACCUUUUCGAGUCUAUUCUCCUAUGCUGCAAGGAGAUCUCAUCAAGCAAGAGCAAGGAUAAGAAGGACAAGCUGCGGUCAUCAGGAACCAAGACACGGAACAAGAGUGCCAAGCUUCAGCUGAAAGGCAGGAUCUUCAUGACUAAUGUGACUGAUAUUGUGUCCUUCUCUAAGCCAGGCAAUCACAGUGUGCAGAUUUGGUGGAAGGGAGACCCCGGUGUUGAGAAUUUUGUCAUCAAGUUCUUGAACGAAGAGACUUUGAGGAAAUGGGUGAUGACUCUGGAGACCCAGAGGAAGUAUAACGUGCCGCGCCAAUCUUCGAACUCGGAUUCGCUUUCAACCGACUUUGCCUGGACACGAGAGCAUGGGGCUGGACUGGAGAAUCCAUACUUGCAGGAGGAUGACGACGAUGAAGACCUCGGCCCAGCAACAGCACCCGCUGGGUACCACAAUGGACCACCUGCGGGUAUCGUGCCUCGAACAGCUUCAAGCAGUAACCUUCGCGCUCGCGCUGGAACCGGAGAGAGCUCUGCUUCUCUGGCCGGUAUGGUGAGAGUGCCUCCACCUCGAUUCCCUCUACCAGCGCCCCCCGCACCUCUCAGCCUUCAGACAGCAGCGAAUGGUGCCCAUUCACCCGGCGCCUGGGCGGGCGAUAGUUACUUCUCUCCUGUCGCUGAGUCACCAGCAUCAUCAAGAACCAGCACAGCCAGUGGAAUGUUUACAACGCCUCACUAUGGACUUCCCAAGAGUGCCACUCCUCAACCAACAUGGGAGGAUGGCAACGGUAACCGAUACACCGCACCCGCCAUGCCACGCGCUCCCUCUCGUGACGGCCCUUCACCAAACCCUCAUGGACGUAAUCCUCGUGGACCUUCUCUGCCAGCGAUGGCCUCAAAUAACCAGGCGGCUCUCGCUGCUCAACAGAGGAACCGCUCGUACAGCACUCCUGAUAUUAACGGACCAGGAAUGCCACGCACACGACAGCCAAGCCAUGGAAACAUCCCAGCGGUCCCUGGUAUUCCUCAACAUCUGCAUCCUGGCCACAACCCCAACAUUGGCCGGGAACAAACAGGUUCACCUAGAAAUGAACAGCCAACACGGGCUCAAACAAACAGCCCAGGCGCGCAGAGAGAGCGCAUGCACAAGCACACCGGAAGUGUGGGCGGCAGCAUGAACCACUUCCCUUCACAACCAGUUCAUCCACGAUCAAUGACACCCGGUGCUGGAGGUAAUGCCCUUCGUGUUGACCCUGCUGCCGCCAACUCACGAACCGUGUCCCCAGCUCUUGGUACAGCAACAAUGCCACCUAACUCGAACCCUCUAAGCCCGGAAAUGCCCCUCCCAACACAGCUCAAGGUCCGGGUGAACUGCGAGGCAGGAAACUACGUCACCCUGGUCGUGGCUUUCAACAUUACCUAUCAGUCUCUUGUUGAUCGCAUCGACGCCAAGCUCGCCCGCUUCACUACUAGCAGUAUCAGCAAGGGCCUACUGAAGCUUCGAUACCGCGACGAAGACGGUGACUUUGUGGCUAUCGAAGGCGAUGAUGAUAUCCAGAUCGCCUUCAUGGAGUGGCGCGAAGGUGUCAGGAACAUGUACUCUGGAGGUGUAGGAGAGAUAGAGCUCUUCUGCGUCGGUGGCACUUCCUAGACACCCUCUCACAGGCGCACACUCAUAUGUCGAUCGACACCCACCACCCGGAGAUGAGGCAGAAAUGGUGCAUUGUGCUUAGGAUACCCACGGAUCAUUAACCGCAUUUUUCGGCGCACGGAAAACAAAACAACAUUCAUACAUUUACUUGAAGAGACCAUCCAUGAUCAAAGGCACGAUAACGACCAAGGGCGUCUGGACGACUGGGUAAGGCCGAUACAUUAUCAUAUAGACGGCAAGCGAACUCGACUUUUCGAAACACAUCUCUUUUUUUCUAUCGUCACCAUCUAACGAAAAAAAAACCACCGCCUACUCAAGCCACUCAUUCGCCCCAUGGACAUUAUUUUUCUUGGUUUAAGACUUUUUUUUUUUUUUGGUUCGGGACGGCUUUUUCUUUUUCUUGCGUAUAAAUGGCACAUUAGCAUUGUAUGCAUCCUUUCUAUUGUGAGAUGAAAAGGCUGUUUUCUGUACCGGGACCAUUCAUCUUCUCAGUCACUUACAGCACAGUUUCAUGGGAUCCGGCGCUACUAUUAAGAAAUGGGGGCGUUUAUCAUCAUUCUCUUGAUUUUCUCGUUCUUUGUCAUUUAACUUCUUUUUUCUUGUGUCUGAUUGGGGUCUGUCGUUCCUUUUUUUCUCUUGUUUUUUUUUUCUUCGUUUUUUUGGGUGUGAUUCCCCCCCGUGCGCAAUAGAGGUGGAUGUGGGAAACCUGUGGCAUUGGGUGUGCGCCUUAUGAUGGGUAGAGCUGUUGAUUUGAGUAUUAGGUGUUGUGCAGAGCAAGGUAGUGAAAUGCAAACACUUUGAAUGAACUGAUCCGUCUCAUAUCGUGA